CGUGUUAAUCGGUAAUUCUAUUCGAACAGGAACUUUCCUUCUGUUGCCAUGUGCGAUAUUAGAUUUACUUCUUCACUGUAACUAUGACUGCCAUGUGCUUGUGUUUACAUCGUUGCUAGGAUGACUUUCAUAACUUGAUUAUGGGGACCAAGUUUCAAAUUUUAGCUUAAAAACUUCUCAUGUUUUCCAUCUUCAUCAUCUAGUGAAACGUUUUACUAAGCAUCAUGAAGCUAAGUUUCCUCAAACUGAGCCAACGUCUUGGACUUUCUUUCACUCGGCUGUCUCACAGAGCAAUUCUUGGCAUAGAAACGAGCUGCGAUGACACUGGAGCGGCCGUCAUUGAUGAAUCUGGGACUGUUCUGGGAGAAGAGCUGAAUUCUCAGAUGAAGAUUCAUUUAGAGAAUGGAGGAGUAAUUCCUCAUCUAGCUGCUUAUUAUCACAGAGCAUGCAUAGAAGAUGUGGUUUCUUCAGCAUUAAGGAAAAGUGGAUUAAAUCUGCAGGAUAUGUUUGCUAUUGCUGUUACAAAUAAACCCGGCUUAAAAGGAUCUUUAGCAGUUGGAGUUGAAUAUGCAAAGCACCUAGCCAAGAUGGUUGAAAAGCCGCUUAUUCCUAUUCAUCAUAUGGAAGCCCAUGCUUUAAUGGCUAGAUUGCAUAACAACAUACCAUUUCCAUUUCUUGUUUUGCUGGCGUCAGGUGGGCACUGCCAAAUAGCGUUGGUUAAAGGAAUUGAAGAAUUUUAUCUGUUAGGAUCAUCUCAACAUAAUUCUCCUGGUGAAGUAUUGGAUAAGAUAGCAAGGCGUUUAAAACUCCAGAAUUUACCAGAGUACUACGAAAUGAGUGGUGGCCAAGCUAUUGAAUCAAUGGCGUCAGGAGGAGACCCCAAAGCUUACCCCUUCCCUCACACAAUGACUCAUUACAGAGACUGUAAUUUUUCUUUUUCUGGAUUCAGUUCGUAUGCUACUUCAACUAUUGAAGAAGAGGAAGAACGCUUCAAUGUUCCAGCAGAUGGAGUUAUUCCAACUGCAAAGGACUUUUGUGCAUCUCUCCUUCAUGGAUAUGCAAUUCACAUGAUACACCGUAUUCACAGAGCAUUCAUAUUUUGUGAAAAUGAGAACUAUCUGCCAAAAAAUGAACGAAAACUAGUGUUUUCAGGCGGUGUGGCAUGCAACAGCUACAUUAGAACUGCCUUAAAACAAAUGUGUUCUGAUUUAAAAUCUGAAUUUUUUGCUCCACCUCCAAGGCUUUGUACAGACAAUGGAGUGAUGAUUGCUUGGAAUGGUAUAGAAAAACUGAAAUCCAAUGCUAGUAUUUCCACUGACUUAGAUGUAAAAUUAGAUCCUGA